AACAAAAAAAAAAUAGCACAGGCAAAAUAGUCGUGCUGAGCGCUGUAAAAAGUCAUUUUUCAGAAAUUUAGGAUAUCGAUAUCGAGUUUGUUAUUUAUUGUGUGCUGGUCGAGCUCGUUGCUUCGACAGUCCCCACAACCGAUCGAGAGGAGCGACCUUGGAGGCCACCAGCCAGUCGUAAUUUACGCAACGCAACACAAAAUCAAAAUCCGCAAAAUUGCACAGGGGCCAACAACAAAAACAGUGGGAGAAUAGAACAGCGAGGAGAAGAGGAAAGGCGGCGAAAGGAGAACGUAGAACGUAGAACGGAGAGAACAGCGAAGAGAGUGGUGGAGAAGAGGAGAGAAGAGAGAGCCCGAGAAACAGAAGAAUCAUCAUGGCGAACAUGGCAGUGUCGCGGAUCAAGCGGGAGUUCAAGGAGGUGAUGCGCAGCGAGGAGAUCGUCCAGUGUUCCAUCAAAAUCGAACUGGUCAACGACAGUUGGACAGAGCUGCGCGGCGAGAUCGCCGGUCCGCCCGACACGCCCUACGAGGGCGGCAAGUUCGUCCUGGAGAUCAAGGUGCCCGAGACAUAUCCCUUCAAUCCGCCAAAGGUUCGCUUUAUAACGCGCAUAUGGCACCCGAACAUUUCGUCGGUGACGGGCGCCAUUUGCCUGGACAUCUUGAAGGACAACUGGGCCGCGGCGAUGACACUGCGCACCGUACUGCUGUCCCUGCAGGCGCUCCUGGCCGCCGCCGAGCCAGAUGACCCGCAGGACGCUGUGGUGGCCUAUCAGUUCAAGGACAAGUACGACCUGUUCCUGCUGACGGCCAAGCACUGGACGAACGCCUAUGCGGGCGGACCGCACACCUUUCCCGAUUGUGAUUCAAAGAUCCAACGUCUCAAGGACAUGGGCAUUGACGAGCAUGAGGCGCGCGCCGUGCUCUCCAAGGAGAACUGGAACCUGGAGAAGGCCACGGAGGGCCUGUUCAGUUAGCUUGCCCCAGCCACACGAUCAUCAGUACCAUUUACGGCGGCGGCAACACCAGGAACACCGGCAACUUCAGCAUCAAACCUUCAGAUCGGCAAUCACUCUAAAUUCUAGUACCCACACCCACACAAAAUCAUUUUCGUAAAUUUAUGUCCACAAAAUGGCAUUGUCUUGUAACUAUACCAAUUGUUUGUUUUUUGCUCUAUUAUUGUGCACAUUUUGCCGCUGGGUGGGUCACCGAAAGGUUGAGCCUAAGGCCAUGCCCGCGCCCUAUCAAGCAUGUGUUAUGCAAUCGAACCCAGGGUUCUGUUUCAUUUCCUUACGUGCAGUCGCAUUUAUUUGCUGGCCCCUUCUUAAAUAAUACUGUUUUUUUCCAUUUCAACCAUAAUUUAUAUUACAAAAAAAAAA